AUGUACGACCGGGCUCCCCGCUCCUUCGCCCUGACGGUGGGCGGCACGAGUCCCCGCCUGGGCCCUGGCUGCUACGACUUGCCUUCCCAGAGCAGACAGAUCCGAGGUGGCUAUGCUCCAUUUCUUUCUCUGGCAAGUCGUGGACUUGAAGUUUUUUCUCAAAAUACUGAGGAUGAUCUUCCAGGGCCAGGAUCCUAUGAGAUUGAGAAAACACAGAAAAUUGUUAAAGGAGGCCAAAGCCCUCAAUACAAGGAAAAACGUUUCAAAGACAUACGCAGUGAUACACCUGGUCCUGGAACAUACUGCCAACCUCCUUCAGUGAGUCCAGAAGUUAGUAAGGCAAGGAGACAAUUGAAAACGUCUUCUGCACAGAAACUUGCAGGCUGUAUCAAAUAUUUUCGAAAGUCAGAGGGUCCAUCUAUUCCUUCUCAAGGGCAAGCAUAUGGUUAUGAAGAGACUGAAGAUGGGACACUUAUAAAAUAUAGCAAUCCUGUAAGAGACGGUACUUUGGGACCAGCAUACUAUCAAACAGUAUAUAAUGAAACUUAUCCAACUAUGAAGUAUAAAGGAGUGCAUUUUGGCAAUUGGACAGAAAAGCGCUGUGAAUUUAAGCCACGCGAGGGCCCUGGCCCUGCAGACUAUGAUAUAAUUCCGGAAAGCACAGUGCAUUUUGAAAAUGUCAACAUCAGGAAGGAAGACCAGAAAAAAUGUUUUCUCUAUAUUCCACGGUAUAAUGAAGAAAUAGUAUUACAGGAAGAAAAAAAGGGUGUUCCAGGUCCUGGCCAAUAUGACAUAAAAAGCCAUUUUGAGAAGGCGGGUAGAAUUACAGAAAGUGAAGCUCGCCGUGCUCCUUUUCUUUCUCUUUCUCAGAGGUUUGCACCUGUGAAAUCUUCUAGUCCAGCUCCUGGCACAUAUGAUGAAACACGCUCUGCUCUUGAACGUUUGAGAAGACCAUGUAGAUCAAAAAGCAUCCCAUUUGGCCAUACCUCAGUUCGAUUCACUGAAGAUUCCAGAUUACAAAGAACACCAGGUCCUGCAUUUUAUAAUAUCCUCAAUUACAGUAUCGCAACACCUAAUCUUAAUACAGUUCUCACAGAGAGAAAAAAGAAAGGAGCAUUUGGCUCUUCAGCUCCUCGACUGUUAUAUUUAGUUAAGAGGGAAGCUUUUACUACACCUGGACCAGCUGAUUAUCAGGUCAAAGAAAUUGUAGAAGAAUCACAUAAGAAGAAAAAGGAAUUAUCUGUUUUUGUAUCAGCAACUGAGAGAAUUCCAGUAACACACUCAGAAGCUCCGCCUCCAGGUUCCUAUGAUGUUCAUAAAUCCUUUGAGAAAUCACAGUGUAGGAAUGAAUAUAUGCCUCCACGAACUGUGGUGGCUAAAAGGAGACAUGCAUCUUUUCUCAGUGGAACUAUUCGGGAAAAUGCAUUAAAGGCUGAGGGAGAUAUACCAGGACCAGGGACAUACAGCCCAGUGGUUGACCAGUCAGGAGCAAAACUGCCUUCUGGUGUUACAGUUUGUGUUUCUCAAGAACCUCGUUUUAAAGAAGCAAAAGACAAAACUCCUGGCCCUGCAUCAUAUGAGCUCAGUCCACUUUUAAGAGAUACAGUCUUGAAGAGAACUUUCAAUGUUACAUUAAAUAAUCCAGUUAUGAUUAAAGUGAGAAGUUCCAUUUUUAAACAUGUGACAGACAGAGAAGACCUUUUUUGUGCAUCUGAUCAGCUGAACUCAAAACAACAAAAUGAAGCUUUGGUGCCUGAUAAUAAGUGAUACCACUGAAACUUGUCUUGUGAAGAAAACCAUGAUUUGAUGUUUUGCAUCAGCUGCUCAAGAACAAAACAUUGACUUGCACCUUUCAGAAAUACAAAAUCUGUUCUGAGAGGAUUUUUUAAAUUUUUCCCCAAGCUUUUCUUGAUUACAGAUCCUACUCCAUUAUUUUCUUCUAU